CUUUCAAUUUAGAAUAUCUGAGUUACUAAUAUUCAGUUUGUUUUUUAAAAAGCUUACUCAAAGACUUUUUAAAUUAUGUAUAUCUGAGUUUAUAAUCUCUUUGUUUCUUUUUGCUUCUUUCUAGAAGGGCAAAAAGUUAUUCUGAUAUGAAAGAGAUAUAGGAAGAUAAGGUUUCGGCGUAGAAAAAGUCAGUGUUUCUUCUUUAAUUACGUAUAAUUUCAAUAUGAUUUUUAUAAAUACUAUACAGCAUAUUAAAUUGUCAAAAAUUACUAAUUAUAUUACUAGUUUAUCACGCUUAUCUACCAUAACACAACGAAAGGUAGCUAACAACGAUUCUCGUGUACGUCUUGCAGCUGCAUAUAGGGGUUUAGAUCAGUAUGGUUUAAAUGAAGGCAUCUGUAAUCAUUUAUCCGCUAUAACUCCUUCUGUAAGUGGUGAUGGAGAUGUCAUGCUUAUUAUUCCAUUUGGAUUGCACUGGAAAGAGGUUACUCCAUCACUUUUAAUUGGAGUCAAUGAGAAAAAUGAAGUUGUUGAAGGGAAUGGGGAACCAGAAACCACUGCACUUUGUAUUCACAGAGGAAUUUACAGUCAGUGUCCCAAUGUAAAAUCCGUUAUGCAUACACAUAUGCCUUAUGCUACUGCUUUAACAUGUCUUCAUAAUCCAGAGUUACUGAUGAUACAUCAAAAUUCAGCUCGGUUCCAUAACAGAAUUGCAUAUGACACUUCAUAUGGUGGCUUAGGAGACAGUUUUCAAGAAGGCAAACGUCUAGCACAGGUGAUAGGCAAUAAAGAUGUGCUUUUUAUGGGCAACCAUGGAGUUAUGACAGUUGCACAAUCAAUUGCCAUUGCAUUUGAUAAUAUGUAUUAUCUGGAAAGAGCAGCUAUGAUACAGGUGCUAGCUCAUAACACACAGAAAACUUUGAGAGAAAUGAAACCAGAAAUUGUGGACUUGACAUCAAGACAGAUAUGGACUUGUUUAGAUAAAUAUGCUGAAAGUCAUCUUAAUGUAAUGAUAAGGAGGCUGAGAACUAUUUCUCCUGAAUUUUCUGUUUAACUACUUGUAAAGAGACCGUAAACCAAGAGGAUGAAUUUGACGAUCUGGAAGACUUGGACUUAGAUCAGGAUUUACUAAAUCUUUUUAAUUCAGAUAGUGAAGAAUCAGAUUUUUAUGGCUUUAUAUGAUGUAUAGUUUUCUGCAAUUCCUUUUCAGUGCUAUUUCAGAAGAUCAAGCAUAACAAUAUUUUACCUUGGAAAGUUUUCUUUUAUUAAACUUGAUAUUUGAAAUAGGUUUACAAUGCUAUAUAUUUGUCUAUGAAUAUCAACGGAUUUUCAUGUAAAUACCUACAUUUACAAAUGUUUAGUAUGUUUAAGUAACCGUAUACUUUUAUUUUAUUGAAACUAUUAAAAUUAAUGUACAAAUACUUGUGUAAUUAACUAAUGAAAUAAUUUUUUGGCAUAAUAAUGUAUCGAAUGAUAUAUUAAAAAAUAGGAAGCGAAAAUAUAAAUUAUUUAACUCUUUAGAUAUAAAUUUUAUAUCUCAGAGCAUUUAAUGUGUGUAUUCUUAUGUGUAUUGAGCAAUAUUUUAAUUUGUGUUGGAAGCAUACUACAUUUUAUUCACAUAGAAAAAUUAAAAUGAAUGCUACAAAAGUUGUGAAAAAAUUCAGAAAUCUGCUUGUAUAAAUAUAUUUAAUUUUUCCUUUGAAUCUUUUUGUUUUGACAUUAUAAGCUAACAUAAUUACGUUUUAAAUUUUGCAUUUUAAUUAAAUUCCCUUUUAUUAAAGUUAAUGUGAACGACAUUACAUGGUAUAUGUCAUGAACCUUAAACUUUUACAUACAAACUGCUUUUUUUUGGGGGGGGGGAGGGAGACAGUAAUAAAAUAAUUCCAUUAGUGUACAUAAACAUCUAUAAAACAUCUAUAAACAUCAACAUUUUUUCUUUGUUUUUGUAAUUAUUCUAAAAAAUAUAUCAUUAAUGUAUGGAGAAAAAAGAAGAUUUUGAAUCUGAAGAUUAAUCUUUGUGACAGUUUCACAGUCCACAGCAUAAUAUGUAAUUACCAAAAUUCACAUUUCUUGUCAUAUAUGAGAUAUGUGAAUUGUUGAAGGCAGGGUAUGAGAGUCACGUUAAUUUAAUCUUUAUGUGUAAUUCUUUUAUUUGCUGUCACUCAGGAUGUCUGAAUUGCUGGAUAUGUGUGCAAAAAAUUCUUGUGUGAGUAACUGUAUAUUAGUUUGAGUAUUGCGAAUAUUCAGUGUUGUUACUAAAUACAAAGAAGCCUAAAUUCUGUAAAACAAAAUCAGGUCGUUUCUUUUUUUUUUUCUCCCCCCUCCAUUUGGUAAGUUUUAUUGUGGUAUGAGGGAUAUGUUUUAUAGGAGUGACCAAAUUUUCAUUGCUGAAGAUUGAUUUUUAUACCUUCAUAUAAUCAGAAAACCAUAAAUUUAUUCUUCAGAAAUAAGAUUUUGUGGAUAUUUUUUUUUAGUGACAUGUCUAUGCAAAACCAAGUUGUGUACUAUUGUAUAUAUAUUAAAAGCUUAUUAUGUAUUGAAACAAAUGUGAAGCAAUUUUAUCAGGGAUUUCAAAUUACUUUGUAAUAAUUUGUGCAUUUUUUUCCUUUGUGUAAUUUGUAAUCUAAUUUGUACAAUUAUAGACAUAAUUAAUAAAAUAUAUUAUAUUCAUUUGAAAAUAAGAUCCCUUCGAAGUCUUCGUAAAUUCUAAGGUAAAGUUUGAGAAAUAAAAAUGCAGGUGAAUAUUUAUUUUGUCUUGCAGUAAUUGUGAAAAAGAUAAUCUUAAAUUUUUUGUUCCCCCCCUCCCCUUCUAGAAUUUCCAGCACCAUUAACUGUGGCCUAAGAAUAUUUUUACCUAUUUGAUUUUAGGCUUUAGAUGAUCGAAUGGUAGCUGCAGCUUUAAAUGUAAAUCAGUGAGCUAGAUGUGACUAUUAUAAUUAGCAGUAGUUAUGUAUUUUAUAUGUUACCAGCAAUGCAUGAAAUAAGGACAAUGUAUAGAAUACCUAGGCAUUUUUAUGCAAAAUAUGGACCAUGAAAAUUAUUAUAUACUUUCCCAAUAUUAUUUUGCCAAUAUUAUAUUUCAAAAAUACAAAUAUUAUUUUGAAAAGAAAAAAUGAA